AUGCCGACGGUGACGGGGGCGCUGUUGUCGAUGUUGAAACUUCGCCCGCCGGAUCCGGUGCUCGCGCUGAGCGAGUAUCUGCUUCGUAAGGACCGCGAGGCGGAGUUUGGGGAGGAAGCGGAGAGGCAGAGCGCGAAGGCGAUCGAGCGGGCGGUGUACGAGGAGGCGAAAGCCGCGGAGGCGGCGGCGAAGCUGGAGAUUUCGAGGAAGAAGGCGGAGGAGGCGAGGCGCGCCAUCAAGCCUCGGAGCGUCGUCCGGGUGGUCCCGAAGUUGCCGCCCAAGACGUUGAGACCGCCGCCUUCGCCUUCCGAGGUUCCCGAGGGCGGCGGAGGCGAGGGCGGCGGCGAGGGCGACGAGAACAGCGGCGAGCCCGUCGCGGCGCAGCCCGAGCCCGUCGCCGCGUGAUGUGAGCGCGCGACGACGCACAGUGUACGUCUUUAGCCGUUGGUAUACCUUAUUAACGCUCGCCGCUCGC